AUGGAUUUGGAUACUUUGAUUGAAUAUAAGGAAAUUUUGGUUGAUAACUUGCCUGAAUGGAAGGAUACAACUGAUUUACGUUAUAUCGAAUUGAAAAAGCUUACUGGUUUGACAAAUGCUACUUAUCGCGCAAAAAACAAUGACCCUAACUUGACCACUUCCAAUAAAAUCGCAGUUAUUCGUAUUUUUGGUACUGUCGAGGGUUUGGUUGAUAAGGCUAAAGAGCACACUAUCUUCAAUGAAUUGGGAAAGAAUGGUGCUGGUCCUAAGUGUCUUGCUUACGGAGGUUCAUGGCGUAUUGAGGAAUAUAUUGAUCAAGGUGUUCACCCUGAUUUAACCACUAUGCGCAGUAAAACUUACAGACGCUUAAUAGCCAAGUAUUUAUCUUAAUUCCAUAAAAUCUAACUUUCUAACAUCCCUCGUGAAGAACCUUCUAUUAAGAAAUACUUGGAUACUAGAACUGAGUCUUUCAAACCUUUCUUUGAUAAAAUGAAAUAGGGAGAACUCUUCAGUUCAGAAGAGAAGGAAAAGCUUAAGGAAUUUGAAGAAAUCGUUAGUGAAAAGGAAGUUGAAUUCUUAUAUUCUAUCCUUCCUAAAUCUGAGACUAGACUUUGUCACAAUGAUUUGAACAACUUAAAUAUUUUCUACAAUGUUAACACCUCAUCUGGAAAUCGUCUCAAAUUCAUUGACUUUGAAUAUUGCUCAUACAAUUAUUGCGCUUAUGAUAUUGCUAACUAUAUGAACGAAUCUCAUUUCAAUUACAAUUUCCCUGAAGAUCCUUAUUAUGACAUUGUAAAAGAAAACAUAUUCAAAAUUGACGAUAUUAAUGAUUUCGUUGAACAUUAUAUUGCUGCCAAGCACAUCGAAGAUGAGACAAUCUUAUCUCAAUUCGAAGAUGAAAUAGCAGCUGCAGCUAAUGACGAAUCUGCUGCUCGCAGAAUCCCUCUUAAAUAUGCUUUAAAAUAUAUGAGCCAAGAGUCUUUUGUUGAGCUCUGCAACUAGCUUGUUUAUGAAGUCUUAUGCUGCUAAAUUCUCUCCAACUGGUAUUGGGUUGUCUGGUCAGUUAUUACCGCAAAGGCUCCUGGUAUGCUUUUUAAUCAUAUUCACUAUGGUGCUGCCAGACAUUAAAUUUUCAAGGAUCUUAAGACUUAACUUUCUGAAUUCACUUAGAAAUAAGCUAGCAUCUGA